ACUCGGUUUAGUGAUUUAUACGCUAUUGAUUUCGAAACAUCUUAGUCUAGUCAAAAUUAUAGUAUAUUUCUUAAUAAUUAUUUGUUUUCAUGUCAAUAAUUAGCUAGUUUUUCAUUCGGGAAUCGUAUUUUUGAUAAAAUGGGUACAAAUCGUUUAACGGACGAUUCAAAAUUUAAAAUCUCAACCUUCGAUGUCUCUGAUAAAACUCCAAUGCUAGGACAUUCUCAAGAGGAUGUCAAGUCAAAACUUCGAUCAAAAUAUUGCUAUUUCUUUGGAGGUCUAAUAAUAUUUAUCGCCGUAGCUGCAUUAUUCUUUGAAGUAUAUUCAGAAUAUUUCGUAGAACACCAGCUUCCCGAUCCGGAGUUUCCAUUGCCGCCGUCAUACUUGCCUAUGGGCUUAUAUAGCAAGGUCGCUGUAGUAUCAAAUGGAGGACCAUGUGCACAGAUCGGAGUGGAUGUGAUGACAAAAGGUGGAAAUGCCGUAGACGCCGCUAUUGCUACUAUAGUAUGUGACGGUGCACUAUGUCCACAUCAAAUGGGUACCGGUGGCGGCUUUAUUAUGAGUAUCUACAAUGCCACUACCAAAAAGGUGAUGGCAAUAAAUUCACGUGAAAUGGCUCCAGCUGCAGCAACUCCAACCAUGUUUGUAAGGAAUCCUGAAAGUUCUAUAAACGGAGGGUUGGCAGUUGCAAUUCCAGGUGCAUUUAAAGGCUAUGAAACUAUAUAUAAAGCUUUCGGUGGCGGGGUUUCGUGGGAAUCGUUAUUCGAGCCGACCAUAAAAUUAUGUGAAGAGGGUAUAAAAAUCAGUGAACAUCUAGAACUUACUUUGGAAACUGACGAAGCAAUGAUUAAACGUGAUCCAAUGCUCAGGAAAACAUUUAUUGAUGAAGAAACCGGACAUGGAAAGAAAAUGGGGGAAAUUUAUAAAUUACCGGAAUUAGCAAAAACUCUGAGAACCGUUGCAAAAGAAGGUGCUGAUGCAAUUUACAAUGGAUCACUAACAUCUGGUCUAGUAAAAGAUUUGAAAAAUGUCAAUGGUAUUAUAACAGAAGAAGACUUUGCUAACUACAAGGUUGAGAUAGAAGAAAGUUUUCCCGUUAAACUGAAGAAUGGGCUUACGCUGCAUGUUGGACCACCACCGGGUUCUGGUAUAAUAUUAGCCUAUAUGCUUCGAAUAUUGGAUGGUUUAAUACCAGCACCAAACCCUGGCUUAGAAGCACAUCGGUUUAUAGAAGCUUUCAAAUUUGGAUAUGGCGAAAGGACCCAUUUGGGUGAUCAUAAAUUUGUUAAUGUAUCCAGUAUUUACAAUAAAGUUAAUUCAGAUAGUUACAUAAACAGUAUACGAAGUAAAAUAUCUGAUAACUACACUUCAUCUAAUCCUAAUGAUUAUGGAGCUGAUUUUUAUAUGCCAAACAAUCAUGGAACUGCCAACAUGGCUGUUAUUGAUUCGAUAGGAAAUGCUGUUGUAUCUACUAAUACAAUAAAUACACAUUUUGGUUCUGGCUUCAUGUCUCCUAGUACCGGUAUGAUUUUAAAUAACGAAAUGAACGAUUUCUCUACUCCUGGAAUCACCAAUCAUUAUGGAAUACCUUCUUCGCCAUCCAACUUCAUUAAACCAGGGAAACGACCACAAUCGUCGAUGUGUCCAUCAAUAUUUACGAAUGAGAAUGGUGAAUUUGUUCUUGCUGCAGGAGCAGCAGGAGGUUCAAAAAUCACUAUUGCCACUGCAUAUAUAUCUGCACUUAAGAUAUGGCGUCACCAAACACUCAAACAAAUAAUCGACCAUCCUAGAUUUUACCAUCAACUUAUACCCAUGAAAGUGGUAUAUGAAUAUGGAACGACUGCAGAUGUAGUACAAAAACUAAAAAAUAUUGGUCAUCGAGUAGUCAGAUUGAAGGAUAAUGGAAAUUCGGGUGGUUCAGCAUCAUCAGCUAUUUACAAAUCUCCCGAAGGAAUUAUUGAAGCUAUGCCAGAUUUCCGUCGGCAUGGUAACUCAUCAGGAUAUUAACACAAUUAUAUUAAUUGAUUAAUAUAUAUAUAUGUACUAUGUAUGUAUUUUACUACAUAAUUAUUUAGUA